CCCCAUAUAUAUUUCUUGACUGGCGCUAACACGUCGACCCCGCUCUCCUCUUACGUCCCCCCAGCUUAAACAAUCACUACUACUACCCCCACAGCAAACAGCAACAAGACACCCACACACAUCGCACACACCACACUCACCACCACCCACACGCUCUUCUGCCCCAGCCCCAUCGCGCAGGGCAACUGGUAGCCUACCACCCACCCACCCACACGCGCCAGCCAGAUCCCAAAGUUUCCCGUGACAACGGCCUUGUAGCCGGCGCCUUCCCCCUCAUCACAAGACUACCAAGCUACCCACCUCGUGACCUCGGCCGGAUCCCGCGUCCAUCGCACCCACCACCUCUCGAACGCUUCACACCAGCCUACACGUACCCAACCACACCAUAAUGCCCUCGCAGCCCAUCCCCAUCAACACGCACACUGACGGCCCGACUGUCAACGCGUCCGGCACACCCCAGACGCCGUUUGCUGGCGGCGCCGUCGGCCUGGGCUCGUCGGCCCCCGGCUCCAUCUUUGCAAAGUGGUCGGCCUUCUCGACCGUCAAGUCGCCCACUACCGGUGGCGGUAACUCGCCGCCCAGGGCGAUGCCGGCCAUCUCGCCACUCGACGACGACAACGACGACAUUGGCGACCUCAACGACCUCAAGAGUCGCGGCUGGGCCGCUGCUGCCGCUGCGCGCGGCCAGAGACGCGCCGUCUCGCUCUCCAUGUCGCCUGGGAGCUCGCUCCUUUCGGGCAACUACUCGAUAACGAGCACCACCAACAGCAGCACGGGCUCGUCGCCGCCCACGAGCUUUGGCAACCCGCUCAUGAACGACAAGAUGGCCCGUGGCGAGGGCGUUCUCCGUCGCCUCUCGAUGGGUGGCGGCUUUGGCAGGCCGACGGUUCCGCCGCCCGUGCCCGAGCCCCCAAGCUCGACGCCGAUCGCCUCGCUUCCGCAGCAGCAGCCUACUCUCGCCGCCCACCCGCCGCCGCAGGCUGAGGUUGCUCGCGCCAACACUGUUGGUGGCGGUCGCCGCCGCUUUUCCGAGUCGGCCGGACGCCGCCGCCCGGUCAGCCCCAUGGGCGAGCGUAUCCUCCGCGACCAGGUGCACUUCUAAGCGCCGCGCUCAAGGACCAAGAAACGACGCAACGCCGUCAACAAGUACCCCCACCACCUCCGCCUAAUCCUGUCUCCCGAUCCUUGUCAUCAAUCACAACACACGCACUACAAUCCAUCCAUCGAUCCGCAAACGCAGCCAGGAAGCUGCCCGGGCCACGACGGGCCCCAGAAAGAAAGCCGGCUCUGAGCAAAAUGUAAGCUGCAGACGCCAAUCAGAAGUCAACCACAACCACAACAACAACAACGACAACGACCCACACAACACACAAUGUAAUCCCCACCCAAUCAACCAACUACCCCCAUGCCAAAGCGCCAGCGCCACGGACAAGGCGCGUUGUAAGCGGCCCGCUCGAUCGGGUCCUCUCUUUCAGUUUCGUUUCCCGCCUGGCCAGACCAGCCGGAGGAGGAGGGUUUGUUUUCGGUUUGUUCGAGGAGGCGUAGGAGCGUAGUAGCAGCAGUAGUAGUCUUCGAUUCGAGUAGUUUUUGUUUUUGUAAGGAGCGCGUUUUGGUGUAUGCAUCAUGUGGAGGCGA